CCGCCCCUGCACGCUGACGCCGGUUGGCUCGUUACGCUGCCUCGGCUCUCAACGGAGCGGUCGGAGGCUCGGUUGACAUCGCUUGCCUGGCGGUGGGCAGGGCCCGCGGGUCUCUUCCCUAGGCGGGAGGAGAGCUCGGCAUGAAUAAGUCGGAGAUGGCGGACGAAGCUCUCUUCCUCUUGUUGCACAACGAAAUGGUGUCCGGGCUGUACCGCGCCGCCGAGCAAGGCGAUGGGGAAAAUGGACGUUGUAUUACAAAAUUGGAAAAUAUGGGGUUUAGAGUAGGACAAGGAUUAAUAGAAAGGUUCACAAAAGAUACUGCCCGAUUCAAAGAUGAAUUAGAUAUAAUGAAGUUUAUUUGCAAAGAUUUUUGGACUACUGUAUUUAAAAAACAAAUUGAUAAUCUCAGGACCAACCAUCAGGGUAUCUAUGUACUUCAGGAUAACAAAUUUCGUCUUUUGACUCAAAUGUCUGCAGGAAAGCAAUAUUUGGAACAUGCCCCUAAGUAUUUGGCAUUUACAUGUGGACUAAUUAGAGGCGCUUUAUCAAAUUUGGGAAUAAAGAGUAUUGUGACAGCUGAAGUUUCAACAAUGCCUGCAUGUAAAUUUCAGGUGAUGAUACAGAAGAUGUAAAUAUAAAAUUCAUUCUGUUGCUCUGUAAAAUGGCAAAAUGAUCUGUAUUUUAUUUAUAAAGCACAUGAAGCUAUCCUUUAUUGUAUUAUUUAUCAAAUACAUUUUUUUCUAGAAGUGAAUAAGUGCAAUUUUUCAUAAUUUGCUGGUAGAUUUUAAAUUAUUUGUGGCCAUGAAUAUGAAUUUUCAUGUUUGUAAGGAUCAAUAAAUUAUCAUAAAUAAAUGCUAAGCUGUAGUAUAGCCAAAUCCUAUACAAUUUCAAUUUUUCAGUGUUGAAAUGGGUAAGGGCCAUAGAGUUGAGAAUGGUACUUCUGCUUUUCAGUCCCAGAAAGGUAGUUUGGGUAUAUUCCAAAGACAAUAAAAUUGCUUCAAAUGAUCUUGCAUAGUUUUUAAAAUAAUGCACUUGCUUGAACUGGGUAGUUAUUGUUCCAAAUCAUAUUUAAUGGGUAGAUAUAUAAGGUGUUGUCUGCUCAGGUAAUACUGAUAAGUCUCAUGCAUUGCUAGAUUUUACAUUUUGAUUUAUGAGAUUUUUUUUAUAAGGUUGAGACUUCAAAUAAGAAUAUCAAAUUAAUAGUUUUGACAUUGGAAUUAAAAAGUGAAGUGGCAGCAAGCCAAUGGACAUGCCCGAGUUCUAUUUAGAAAUCUUGCUUAUCAAACUGAAAUUGAUAGUACAUGGAGACCAAUAAGUAUUGGUAGAAUGAUCAAAGAUCUUAUAUUUAUUUUGAUCAUAACCAAAUGAAUCUCUUAGAAACAGUUGCAUAGACAUUGAUCUGGAUUGGCUAAGGAUUUGACAUAAUGGUCAGAAUCUAGCAUAAAUGUUAGCAAGAGGCAUAUUGUUAAUUCUAAUCUGUUUCUAAUCAUAUGAAAAAGAUUAUUGCAAUCGUUGGUGUACAAUUUGCAGAUUCCUGCUCAAAGAAUAGGUGGCUAGGAGAUCCUAGAUAGAUUAUAAUGGAAUGUCAAUUGCAUCCUUUCCUGGACCGGAAGGAAAUUUGCUCAAUUACUCAAGCCUUGGUUACCAGUUGUUUGGAUUACUGCAGUAUACUUUACUUCUACUGACCCUACCAGAUCAGAAAGGGUGGGACACUCCUACACUGCAGUCUUCUGGCAUCUAGAAAGCAUGCCUUUUCUGUGAAACUCCUUUAAGUUUAUCCAAUAGGUGUUUUUCAAAAGGCAACUGUGGACUGUUUUUCCUUGAAUACAUUUUGCUCCUCAUCCAACAAGCUGCUUCUGUUCUGAAGAAUUGAGGAAACAAACUGAAGAAGCUUAUUGGCUGAGAAACAAAAAUCUUCAAGGAAAAACAAAAUCCAGUUGCCUUUUGAAAGAGCGCCUUUCAGACAACUAUGACCUGGAUGAUUAAGAAUCUCCAGACACCUUGAAGUCUGAUAGGCCUUUACCCUUCUAGGCUUCUGUAAAGUAUGCAAGAACUGGCUUUCCCAAGUGGGAUAGGAUGAGGUGGAUUAGAUGAUUUAACAUGGAUGUUGGGACCUUGAGCUUGUUGCCAGGUUUUUAAUAUUUAUAGUUUAAAGUAUUAUGCUGUUAUAUUGUUUUAAUUGAUUGAGAGCAGCCCAGAGUUCUAUAAAAGAUUGGUGGCUGUAUAUAGUAAAUGUUUUAAAUAAACACAUAGAUCAGGAUUGAAUUAAGGAGUCCUUGUGCUCUCUGAUGUUACCUAGCUGGGUAAACAUCUGUAGGCAAACAACCAAGAUCAGAGAAUUCCAAGGAUCAGGUUUUGCCACAAUUCCACAUAUAGAAUUAAUAUUUCAUUUUAUCAAUCUAUUAUUCAAAGGAAAUUCAUUCUUUUAAAAAGAAAAUCUACAGUAUAGGUCAGCUUGGUAUCACAUGACUGGAUUUACAGAAGA